AUGGAGGAUCAAGUUGAUUUCGACAUUAACGAGUCUCUGAAGCUCUACUUGAGCGACGUGACGACCAUUCCCACCCUCGAAGCGAGUCCAGAAUUGAUCGACUGCGAAAAUGACCCCGACAGCCUUUCAUCGGGGUUGGUGGACAGUGUGUUGGACUCAGUGAUAGACUUGAUUACAGAAAACCCGGAAGCAUUGUCCAGAAGCUCGACAUUUGAUACCUUGCAGUUUUUGUUAAAACAUUCAUCCGUGCUAUCUACUCAAGCUCUGGGUAAGAUUCUCGCUCUCAUCGUUUCCGGACUAUCGACCACCGCAGACAUUGCAAAUCACGACAUCGAAAAUGACGAACAAGAUACUCUGCCACAGCAUAAACGCCUGUUGGAAAUGUACGCAUUCCUUCUUCAAUGGUCCAUAUCCGCCGUCGAAGCCAAAGCGCAGGAGAAGUCGAGCGCGGCGCCAGCAAGAAGAGGUGGGAAAGGAGCCAAAUCAAAGUCUGCUGCCAAAGAUAAUACCUGGGACUCUUCCAGCCAGAUCCAGAGUGCAAUGGAUGUUAUGUGUCGGGUAAUGAAGCUUAAGCUGAAUCGCAUCUUCCAGACAACGUCUGAUCGCGACACAUUCAUCAACUUGUUUACGAGAUCCAUCUACCUGAUCAUGGAGAGCGAAGCCAGGGUCAAGAUUACAGCCGUGCGCAUGUUUUGCUUCAAAGUGCUCUGUGUCGCAGUGAAGCAUCACGGUCAUGCUCUUGGGGCUCAGACUUCGAUCGUCCAGAACCUCACUUACUUUGAACAUCUGUCAGAACCCAUGGCCGAGUUUCUCCACAUCCUGUCCGAACAAUACGACUACCCUCAAUUGUCGGCCGAGAUUCUCCGGGAGUUGGCCGCAAAGGAGUUCAGUCAAAACGAUAAUAAAGGACCAAAGUCGGUUUCUGCCUUCAUCAUCAAAUUAUCGGAACUUGAACCGAGACUUGUGAUUAAAGAGAUGGGCCUUCUUGCCAAAUUCCUGGACAGCGAGGCACACACCUUACGUUGUGCGGUGAUUGAGGUCUGCGGAAACCUGCUUGCAGAUCUAAGCAGACAAGAAGAGAAAACCGAAACCACCAAGAUACAGAUCAAUGCUUUCUUUGACACCCUGGAACAACGAUUUCUUGACACAGCACCAUUCUGCCGAGUCCGGGCGAUGCAAGUCCUCACCAAGAUAUGUGACCUGGAGCAGAAGUUUCCUAAGAGGCGACAGAAUGCUGCCGAACUGGCCAUGCAGAGUCUCCAGGACAAAAGCAGUAACGUUAGGCGGAACGCUAUCAAGCUGUUGAGAAAGUUGGUUUCUUCACACCCAUUCAGCCUCAUGCAUGGAGGACAGCUUUCACACAAGGAGUGGACGGAAAGACUCGAGGCAGUGGAAUCACAAUUAGACGCUCUGAAACCUCCACCCGACUCUCCCGGAGUGGCGCGGACAGCUGCAGGCGAAGAACAGGUUGACAAAGACCUCCUUGACGAUGCUACUCAGGCAGAAGCCGAGCCGCAGGAGCUGACCGAGGAAGAGAAGAUCGCCGCAGUGAAGAAGGCACAAGAGGAGGCCGCGACGUCUGAGGUCAUAGGCAAACUCCAAUUAACCCGAAAAUACUAUGUCGAGGCUCUCAGAUUCAUCGAGACCAUUCAUGACGCCUCGGAAAUCGCAGUUCAGUUGUUGUCGUCACCCAACAAGACGGAGGUUAUCGAUGUGAUGGACUUCUUUGUUACGAUUGACGCGUUCAAGGUUGAGACAGCGCGAAAAGGCAUCCGUCGGAUGUUGCGGUUGAUCUGGACCAAAGGAAACAGCGACGAGGGCAAGGGAGUCCAGAACCAUCUCAUCGACAACUACAAAAAUCUCUUCUUCGAUGCUCCCGACAUGUUUAGCACGAACGAUGCGGCCAAUUUCGUCGCUCGAAAUAUGAUCAGCUUGACAUUCGGUGCCACACCUGCAGAAUUGACCUCGCUGGAACAGCUGCUGAGCACAAUGUUUAAGGCCGGUCACAUUUCCGAGUUAGUGAUUGCCAAAUUGUGGCAGGUGUACGGCGUCAACAAGGACAUCUCCAAGUCGCAAAGGAGAGGUGCCAUUAUCGUGCUCGGAAUGAUUGCUCUUGCAAGUCCAGAGGUCGUGGUCAAGGAAAUUGACACAAUGUUGCGAGUCGGUCUCGGACAGUUAGGCCGAACAGAUUUCGUGCUCGCCAAGUUCACCUGCGUCGCUCUCCGACGCAUGAUACCAACUGCAAAGAAGGUGCAAGAAAGGACUGCUUCUGGGGGCCUCUCGAAGAUGUCCAACAAUCAUGAGGUUCUGCGUAUGCUCGCAUCAAUCCUGCUGACCACCUCGGCAAGCAAAGACUGGUAUGGCAUGGCGGAACAGGCCAUCAGCGCCAUUUACGUUCUUUCAGAUCACCCUGAUGUUCUAUGCUCUGAGGUGCUCAGGCAGAAGACGCGCCUGGUCUUUCAGCAGACAAAAGACCUAUCGUCGCUAUCGAGGACGCCCUCUCCGGAACCCGAUGCAAUGGACAUUGACGGGGAAGAGCAGGUCACCAACCCCGAGGCCGAACCGCACGAUCCCGAACCGGCAGAACCUAAGCCAGAGAAGCCCUCAAUUGCACUCUCACAGCUGUUGUUCGCUGUCGGGCACAUCGCCAUCAAGCAAAUCGUGCAUCUCGAGUUAUGUGAACUUGACUUUAAGCGACGGAAACAGGACCAAGAAAAGAACAAGCCAAUGGCCAACUCUUCCCCCGACAAGUCAGCCGCACCUACGCCAGCACAGCGGAAGAGGACUGCCGCAGAAGAAGUCCUCGCAGAGAAGCAGAAAGAGGAAGAAAAGGACGAGCUCGACUUGAUCGGCGGCACGACCGAAGAUGACUUCACUGAGGCGAUUGCCCACAUUCGGGAACGGGAACUCCUGUACGGCCCACAUUCGUUGCUGGCGAAUUUCGGUCCCUUGGUGACGGAAAUUUGUGCCAACAAUGCAGCUUACAAGGAUCGAAACCUUCAAGCCCAGGCGACACUCUGUCUGGCCAAGCUCAUGUGCGUAAGUAGUGAGUAUUGUGAGAAGAAUCUGCCGCUCCUGAUCACCAUCCUGGAACGGUCCACCGACCCUAUCGUGCGCUCCAAUGCCGUGAUUGCGCUGGGUGACAUGGCGGUGUGCUUCAACCAUCUUAUUGACGAAAACACCGACUUCCUCUACCGACGGCUGAACGACGCCGACGAGAGUGUGAAACGAACCUGUCUGAUGACGUUGACCUUCCUCAUCUUGGCAGGACAGGUCAAGGUGAAGGGUCAAUUGGGUGAGAUGGCCAAGUGUCUCGAAGAUGGAGACAAGAAGAUCGCAGAUCUGGCACGUAUGUUCUUCACUGAAUUGGCCACCAAAGACAAUGCCGUGUACAACCAGUUUGUCGACAUGUUCAGCGUCCUCACUCAAGAGGGGCCUCUAGAGGGCGGAGUCCUGGAAGAGGAGGCGGUCAAGAGGAUUUUGAAGUUUUUGUGUGGGUUUAUUGAGAAGGACAAACACGCCAAAAACCUCGCGGAAAAGCUCGCGGCUCGGCUGAACCGGUGCGUGAACAAACGUCAAUGGGACGACACCGCAUACGCGCUGUCGUUACUGCAGCACAAGAACGAGGACAUUGCGCGGAAGGUUCAAGAAGGCUAUCGAGUGGUGGAGACGGAGGCGUGA